CCAUUAUUCAUUUCUACGUGCAUACAUGCGCACCAAAACCUCCCCUCUCCAAACUGGAAAUGAAUUUAUUUUUUCAUCAUCUUAUAUAAGCUAGGCGCCCCCUCUGAAUUCUCUACCAACUCGAAGUCGUCGAUCGCAGGAAUCAGUUGGCUAUCCACAGGCAAGGAGGAGAUGGGGAUGUCGAUGCGGGCUCUCGUCGCCGUCGUGGCCUUCGCGGCGGUGCUGAAGCUCGGGCUCGUCGGCGCCAACUUCGCGGACCUGUGCGACAUCACGUGGGAGCCGCAGAACGCCGCGAUGACGGACGGAGGGGAGCACCUCACGCUCUCCCUCGUCAGCAACAUCUCAGGCAGUAUGCUCCGGACCAAGAAGACGUUCAUCUACGGCAGCAUAUCCACCUUGAUCAAGCUGGUCAAGGGCAACUCCGCCGGCACCGUCACAACCUACUAUACGUCGUCGGUGGGCGACGACCACGACGAGAUCGACUUCGAGUUCCUGGGCAACGAGACGGGCCAGCCCUACACCAUCCACACCAACGUGUUCGCGGACGGCGUGGGCGCCAAGGAGAUGCAGUUCUACCCCUGGUUCGACCCCACCGCCGACUUCCACAACUACACCAUCUUCUGGAACCCCUCCAUGAUCGUGUGGUUCGUGGACAGCAUCCCGAUCCGCGUGUUCCGCAACUACGCGAGCAAGGGCGUGCCGUUCCCGACGAAGCGGCCGAUGUACGGCUUCUCCAGCAUCUGGUCAGCGGACGACUGGGCCACGCAGGGCGGCCGCGUCAAGACGGACUGGACCAAGGCGCCCUUCGUCGCCGAGUACAGCAACAUGGGGCUCAACGUCUGCGAGUGCUCGGGCGCCGACGCCGAGUGCGCCGCCGGCUGCAACGCGUCCACCGCGCCGGAGCCGUCCCAGCUCACCAAGGAGCAGAUGCGCCAGCUCAGGGCCGUGCAGCUCGGCUACACCAUCUACGACUACUGCGCCUCCGCCAGGGAAGACGGCAAAGGCCCCGUGCCGCCCGAGUGCGACAUGGAACAGUACUGAUGAUAAAAUCAAGGACUGCGCUAUACGAUGAUCCAUGAUCAACACGAUGCGCGCAUGCAUUCCUCCCAUUUUGUUUCCUUGGAUGUUGGAGGGGCGUCGCCUCGGAUCUCCUGAUAUGUUUAUUCUUUUGCGUUGAUUGUUUCUUGCGAGAUUACUACGUGCAUUCUCUUCUGGCCUGAUCGAUGAUGUAUGAUGAUCCAAAGAGGAUGUUGCCUUCUCUCGGAUAUAAAGUUUCUCCUGUUGGGAUCA